AUGCUGUGGGGCGGCGACGACUGGAGCUCCUCCCCUGUCUCCGACGAGUUCUUCGCCAACGCCAGGCAGCACGUGGGCAAAAUGCGAGAAAACAGAGGAGGGGGAUUGUUUCCAGGUGACGAAGUAGAAGAAGGAGAAGAGAAUCUGCUGCUCGGUCAGGAGAAGAAGAAGGUGCAGGGAGAGGCGACGGAGGUGAAGAUCAAGAUUAGCAAGAAGCAGCUGACGGAGCUGCUGGGGAACGUGGAUUUGAAGGGGCUUUCGGUCCAGCAAGUUCUGGCCCGCCUCGUCGCCGUCAGCGAUGAGUUCGAGGCCCACGACCAGCGUUCUUGGCGGCCCAAUUUGCAGAGCAUCCCCGAAUGA